AUGUGUGUGCGUACGAAGACCUCGUACGGAUGUGGAUGCGAAUAUAAGACUACCGCCGAGUGCCACUCAUCGCAUUGCCAGGGUCUGGAAAGAUAUCACUACCCCAGAAGUGGCGACUGCCGUGCCUGCAAAGAAGCUGGCAGCACGGUAACACGAGGGCGAGAUGGCAAAGGCCGGUAUGGACAAGAAAUCAGCAGGCGAAGACACUCUAGGGAAGAUGAUGAAGCAUCCAUCGAGGAACUGCCCCCCAGUGCUGAUGUUGGUGAUGGAAUAAGUCCGUGGGCUCCUCCAUCAUUGCGAGAAAAGGAAUGGAGCAGCCAUUCUAGAAAAAAGGCAGAUGACGCUUGGUUGCAAGAACAUGCAGAGCGAAACCUGGACCUGCAAAGCAUCCGCGACUCUCUGCCGGACGAUACCCCUUCUGAUCGCAGAUCCCGGAACGCCCAUUCUUCCCCUCGACGACAUGCACGAAUCUACUUGGUGGAUGAUGAUCUCCAUUAUGACCGUGGGGACAGCUAUGACCGACGUCAUCGCCGGGAGGAGUCGGGCAGGAGCCUUCCUGUCGAGAUACGCAGCACCAAUGUCUACCGUCGGCGACGACAAGACAGCCAAGACAGUUUCGACAGCUUGCGCAGCUCGCGUUCUUCGACCCGAAAGCAUACCCCGGCGCCCACCAGUUACACGGCGUACGAGUACAACGAUCUUCACGAUUCCGGAUACGGCUCAUAUGGCUCUCGAGCAUCUCAUGGGUUUCGAAGAGCAAAGACCGAGCCCUACGCCUACCCACCAUCUCCACCACCCCAGGUUGUGAGCAUCAAAACACCCUCACCCCAUUCUUAUACCCCAUACGGAGUCGGCCCGGUCAACAUUGUCACACGCGCUCCGGCCUAUGGGUACAGCUCUCCAAGAUACUGA